CUUCCGUUCUGUAGUUUUGUUACUUGACUUAUGAUUGAGUUAUUAGACGUGGCAUCUAUGUAUUCAUUUGCAGGCCAGUUAGAAAGAUUUGCAAGUCAAAAAUCACGCAGUAAAAUAGAAUGAUCGGCUUGAUAAGGUUGUUCAAAUUAUACAGGAUUAGUGUAGCCUUCCAUAAAGCUCGAACACUAUAAACUUAACCUAUAAAUUUGUAGUGCAUAAAACAUGGAUAAAGCAAAGGAGUGGCAGCUUGAGUUGCUGAUGGAGAAACUUCGGUCAAAAGCUGGACAGUUCAAGUCAUUUGUAGAAAGUGCAAAAGCGUUGAGGAUGUCAUUACUGGAUAAACGCUAUCCAGUGGACAGUGUGGAGAAAAAUCAACUGCAGAAAUGUUUAGACAUCUUACAGCAUUCAAUCAAGGUCACGUCAUUGCAAGGGAUGGUGGAGCGUCUUGAAAGUGUUACAAGGCAGCUGGGGUUAAAAUUUUCACCUGGUGGAUCACCACUUGAUUGGUUUAUAUCAUCAGAUAUGUUCUAUCUGGAGGUGAUGUUAGAGUCAACAGGAGGAGUCAAAGACGUCAGAAUUCACCAUGAGGGUAAAGUUGAACAGCAAAGCUGUGAAGAGCUGGUGUCAUGCUUAUCAAAUGGAGAUUUCGCCGACUUCACGGCACAGUUAGAAGGUCUGGCAUCCAUCUAUCAAUUAAAUGCUGAAAAGAAAGUAAAGUGCAAGGCAUUCAGUGCAUUGCAGAGCCUUGAGGCAGAUUUAGCAACGCUUGCCACAUUCCAGGCUUUCAUCAAGGAACCAUUCAAUUUGGUUCACAAGUCACCUGUUGGAAUUUUGGAAAAGAGGCGUGGAGGCCAUGCCAUGAAGCUGACAUAUUUGGUACCUCCAUAUGAUCUUCUGGACCAGCAAACAAAUUCAUCGCUGCCUCUCUCAGUACAGGAAGUUACUUCACGAAACCUUGGUUACAGUGUCAUGGUGUGUAUGGAAGGAUCUGCAGCACAUAAGCUGCAGACAGCGCCUCUUAUCUCAGUGAACCGUAGUCCAAAUGGCAAAAGCUCACCUCUUUAUGCCCCACUGAGUGCCAACAAUUCUGCAACACUGCCUGCCUGUUUUGCACUACGCCUUAACAAUCCAAUGCCCAUGUGUCUGCCGCUAGUCCGCCGAAUUCAGCAAAUCACCGAGAUGGAGUGUGGAGACCUUUCUACUCCACACCCGUUGCUGAGCCUCGUGACUCAGCAUGCAUCCACUGGCCAGCUGGAUUGUGCCAACAACAGAGGGCUCUUUGUGACAUUACCUGAUCAGCAACAUUGUUACUUUAUGACCGAGAGCAAAAACCUUGAAGGAAUCUUGGUUUCAAACAUCUCUUUCACACACCCAGCUCAUGUUCCGCAGAUCCUCAUGUUGUUGCGGCAGCAGGCUCUAUUCAAUGUUCUUGUUUCGAGCUGUAUCAGGCCAGCCAGCAAGCAUGCUGAUCUGGAAAGUGUAGUAAUGCUUGAGGUGACUGCUCUCUCAUGGCAGCAUCUCUCUGUUUCCUUUGAACAUCCCCUAGAAGAGACCAUGACAACAGCUGAGUUGGAUCUGACUGAUAUUUCAAGCAUCAAGUGUAAAGUGUAUGGCGCCAGCAACGGGGAAAAUGGAUGUACGCCUGAGCAUGCCAGUAAAGUAUUACAGAGAUGUUGGUCGAUACCGGUAACCAUGAGGUCGUUGAUCCGAUUGUGGCAGAGUCAGAAUCUUCGUUCAAAUGGUCUUGCAGCCGGUGGUAACCUCAGUCUUCCCCCAGGUAGUGACCCUGGACGUGGUCAUGGUGGUUCUAAUGGGAGCCAUUCCAUGCCACCAGAUUUUGAUGUGAGCCACAUUAAAACUGAACCUGAUGGUGGCAGCUUGCCUCACAGUCAGUCACUAAGUGGUUCAGGAAGUCGUCAAGGAUUUGGCCCUGACAUGCCAGAUACAGGUGUCAGUUUCCAGAGUCCAGGAAAUCCAAUGGACAGUUCUGUAUCAAAUACAUUUCAGUUUGGUGCUUUACUAUCUGGCCAGGGAUCAGGUGGAAAAGGGCCUGUUUUGCUAAACAUGCUUAGUGAACAGACAUCGAACUCCAAAAAGCAACGAAAACGAACUAACAAAGACGGGAUGUGGCGAAGUCCUAAACGGAAGCAAAGUGAAGAAUGUGAGAUUGUUUUAGAGACCUCAAGCAGUGACUCAACUCCUUUGGGAACUCCGACUUCAAGGGAUGCCCCCAUGGAAACCAGUUUGGACUGUGAGGAGGAAAAAACAGGUUCAGAUUUUGGCGAAGAAGAAAUCAUGCCAGUUCAAGAAGUUGAGGAGAUAAUAGUUCGGAAAGCAAGGAAAGAAAAGAAAACUUCUCCCCCAACAAUAAUUCUUGAUUUGGCUGAAAGCAAAAGUCUUGUGGCUCCAUCAGUGAGCAUAACUCCAAUCACCUCAUCCAGUUCCAAUUUUAAUUCUGUUUUAACAGGUAUGGGACUUGAACGGAGACCUGGCAUUGAAAUAAUCCCCAUUGUUUCCACUCCAGCCACAUCUCUUCAUACCUCCAUCACAAUAACCCCAAUUUCCUCCAAAGUUGUUGCAGCAGAUGACCGUAAUAACAGAGACAGGAAGGGUGGGAAGAGUCGAACUGAAGACAAAAUGAGACCUGACAAGAAACGAAAUAAACGGAAACGUGAAGACAGUCCCAGUGGUUGUAGUGGAGGCUCUGGUAUUGCGAUGGGUCCCCCAGACAAACUUCCUCCUAAACAAGAUCCAUUAUCAAAACCUGUGUCUGUGAGCAUAAAGCCUACUGAAUCACCUCCUCUAACAUCUGUUCGCCCUUCAUCACCAGCUAGUGCACUACGGAAGGUCACUUCCUCCCCAACACAUCUGAAUAUCUCCAUGACGAAAUCCGGCUCCAGCAAACCAUCAACUUCACAUCAGAGUCCCAAACAUUCUCCAGGCUACACGAGUAGCCCCAAACAUCAUGGGACCUCAUCUCCUAAGCAGCAAUCGUCUGGAGGGUCCGGGAAGCCAAGUAUGUCUGCACUCAAAUCUGCAGCGAAUUCCCCAUCAACUGCAGGGAAGAGUGGCUCAGAUGUGGCCAAAGUAAAGUCUUCGUCCAGCAAGGAUAAGGAUCGCAAAGUAUCCAGUUCUUUUAGUGGAGGCAGCUCUGGCUCUGGGUCAAGUCCUAAGUUGAAAUCAUCUAGUGUGAAAUUGAAACAGUUGGAUAUGACAAGUGGAAGUGGUGAUGGUAGUACAGGGUCUCAGGGUGGUGCAGGGACACCCCCCUCAGUAACCAUAGAUGGGAGCAAAUCAUUGUCUGCAGUGCCUCAGGCACGGAAUCGGAAGGGCUCACUUUCAGCAGUGAUAGAUAAACUUAAAUCAGCUCAACAUCAGGGACCUGAACCAGGUGAGGUAGUAAAAGAGGGUCGAGGUAGUGGUACCAACCCAAGCACUAAAAUACCAGGAGACACAUCUGGUAGUACUGUGAGCAGUAGUAGCAAGAAUCCUGGAGAAUAUAUGGUGAAACCAAGCUCCGAAGGCAUAAAGAUCACGAUCAACAAAACACGAACCAAAGACUCUAAAUCUGGUGUUGUAAAAACUUCAUCAUCUAGCACUGGUUCUGGAUCACCCAAGACUCACACGGGUCUGAAGCCAGGAGUGAACAGUGGACCGGCUUCAAAGAAACCACACCAGAUGCUGCAGCAGAAGUCUGCCAGUGGCAACAGUAGCAGCAGUGGAAUAUCCAGUUCUAGUAGUAAGGCAGGCAGUAGUAGUGCCAGCGGCAACCCUUCUUCUAAAAUCCCAUCCUCCACAAAAUCCAGUAGUUCUCCUGUAUCCGGCAUUCUGUCUAAGUCUACUUCAAAAUCCAGUGGGUCACCUAAAAUGAGUAGUUUGGCUGAUGCCAGUAGACGGGACAAUAAACCAAGACCUCCAAAGACUAGCAGUGAUCGUGACAAGUCGGUGUUCUCGAAGGGUGCUGAUGCUAGGAAGUCUAGCCCAGUUGGUAUGAGGGAUGAGUUAGAAAGUGAGAGACCUUUGAAACUUGUUACAGCUCAUGCUAAAAUGGAACCAUCCUUACCACCACAGCUUAUGGUUGAAGGUAUGAUAAAAUCGUUAGAUACAAAAUUUCAGAUACCAAAACUGUCUGCACGAAGUGGCAACCUUAAUGAAGGAGAUUCAAAGAAACAGUCCUCAGAUAAAACUGCAAUUGGAGGUACAGAAUCCAGCAGUAGGAUGGAUUCUGGAGCCAGACCUUUAGAUCUGGUAGGGAAAGCAGAUGCCUCAAAUGCUUCAGCGAAAUUUCAGUCGCUUUCCAAAACAACAGAUGAUUUGAAAGGCUCCAAGAUACCAGCAGUAGUAUCUGUCACACCUCAAAUAGCAAUAUCGAGUCUUACAACACAGGCAUUAAAACAACCCACUACUACGUUCCCAUCUGUUAGUUCCAAAUUACAAGAUAUAAGUAUUGACACUGGUCCACAAAUUUCAACUCCUACUUCUGUUGCCAUAGUUACAAGCUUACCUUCCAGCAGUUCAGAGCCUUCAUCCAGAGAAUCAGUUGAAAUAUCCCGAAUGAAGCCUGAUCUAUCCCGUAGUGCACAGAUAUCAGGGAAUAAUGCAAAGGAAGAAACAACAAUUCAAGCUACUGGAAAGCUUGAGAAUCCUGCAAAGUCAUAUUCUGCUAAUAAUAAUAAUGACCCUUCAGUUCUUUCUGCAUUACACCCAAACAAAUCUCUGGACUCCUCCCAGAAUAAGUUCACUUCCUCAUCAUCUCAGAAGCAAGCAGAAGAUUCCAAGAAACUUGUCAACUUAAGUGAUAUUUCAAGCAAGUCAACAGGUCUGAAUAAGAUGACACCAACGCCUACUACCUCGCAAGAAGCCGCUGAAAUACUCCUGGACAUGUCAGCAUCUACAUCUCUGCCAAAUAAACCUCUUCCUGCAGAUCCACAGCCUGGCAAACUGGCAACUGUACCAGAGCGUGCUGUGGCUGUAUCAGCUCCAAGCCGUAGAAACACGCCUCCUCCCCCACUGCCUCCACCACAACCCUCUGUCCAGGUACAUAUAGUGCAGUCACCUGCUGCCACUCCCACCACUGCUUCUCCUAUGGUGAUUACUUCACCCCACUCUGCUUCACCCUGCAGCAUAGAUGAUGAACUCAUGGAUGAAGCUCUUGUUGGAAUGGGCAAGUAAAAUGUACAGAUAAAGAUUACUGUCAUUUGGAGUAUGAUGCUGUCUAGCCUGGUACAUCACUGCUCUGCAUUUUGGAGGAGCAUACUGCUUCCAUCUUCCAGGUAGAAUAGCAAAGUGAGUGUAGAAAGAAUGACAGUCCUCUGCAUCUGUACUUCACUGUCCACACUUGGCUUACUCUUCUACCCUGAAGAUGGAGGCAGCAGGUUCCUCCAUAACGUUGGGUAAUGAUGUACCAGACUAGACAGCAUCACAUUCCAAAAGACCGGAGUCUUCAUGUUCACUGCCAUGAGGACCUUGUAUCUCAUGUGUAUAUAAAAUGCUGUAUUUGUGCAUAUAUAAAGACUGGUUUUACACUUUAUUUUAUUAGUGUGUCUGUAAUAAAUAUAUGUAUAUAUAUAUAUUAUGUUUCACAACUUGUAUCAUCAACCAAAUAAUUAUGGAAAUUGCAAUAUUUUAGAAUACCAAUAUAUAUAGAUAUAUAUAUAUAAAUAUGAACAUGCAUACUUAAAAAUGGUUCCCAUGAAUCAUGCUGUGAUCAAAAAUGGAGAUAUUAUUUUCAUAUAUCAUAGACUGAAGCUUGGCCUUCUUUUAAGACUUGGCUGAUGGCAUCAGGGUGGUGAUGAUGUUUCCAAUGGAAUUGGUUUUUAUUUGCACAGGAAACUGCCAUGAAACAUUAAACUGUGAGGAAAUGUGUCAGGCUGUAAAGCGAUAAGAUGUUUUGUAUGGAACGUGUAUUAUAAAUGGAAUUGCCUUGGACUUUCUUCAGAUUGUGAAGAAAUCCCAACUUCUGAAACUUGCCAUAUUUGCUCAUACAGUGACAAGAUGCUAAGUCAGAAUUAUGGAAAUGCUGCAGAUGUUGACUGUUCAUGAGGGUGAUUAACUAAGUUGUAGUUAAUCCUGAAAUCUCUUCUUAUUUUUUGUAAGUUUUGCAGCAAAACUCGUUUGUCACCCAAGCUGCAUAUUUAUGCUGGAAUGAACUCGCAUCUUGACACUUACUUACAUUACAGAUGGUAUAGAAAAUGGAGGUGCUGGGAUACCUUAGUACACUGGUGAAGUUGUCUACUGAAUGUUUGGAGUUCAGUUCUUAGUAGGAGUGGAGAUUUUUCUUUUUGCCAUCACCUCCAAACUGGCUGAAACACACCCAGCCUCCUGGCCAAUGGGUACAUGACAAGGGCUCUUUCCCCAGGGGCAAAAAAGAAAACUGAUCUCUGUCUACUGCCAAGGUUAAAAAUACGUGGAAUUUACAUCCACUUCCCUACAUGUCUUCAGGAUGUGGUGCCUAAGUAAGCACAGGGACUAAUUAUUAGUAGAUAGAAGCAUUCUACUUUAUCCCUAAUAAAUCUGUAAUUUUUAUGUAUUUGGACUGUUUUAUAUAAUUGAUCUGUAAUUAUUCUCUAUGAUAAUCCACAACAUACUUUGGAUCUAAAUGACUUAUCAUGAGUGACUGGCCAGAGUGUGAAGAAGUGUCUGAAAAAGGAACUUCAUGAAUGGAGAAUACAAUUAUGUUGUGUAGAAGAAAGUGAAAAUAAAUAAAUGAUGGCUUUGCACCUGAUUAAUUUGUUGCUAAUAUACAAUGCAUAAGAAAUGGA